GAUUUAGGGUAAACUUUAAGCCAUCCAUGAUAAAACUCGUCAGAGCUAGCUAAUGCUAAUAACGUUACGGUUGAUAACAAGCUCCACUGAAAUUUAAGAAAUUGAGGAAGUGAAAAAUAACAGUGGGACACAGAUACCGCCCAAAUAUGUAAUCCUCGCAUUGGAUUAUAGUAUUUUGCGACUAUUCUAUGUUUUUUGGCACAGAUCUGAACCGCUUAUCUGGAUAGCUAACUCUCCUGCCUCUCUCAAAACUGUCUCUUCCUCUCUCGCUUUUCAGAGGGCACAGUCGUGCUCCGGCUUCCUCAAGCCGUUUUUUUCCAAUGCUUUCCUGCCCCUCUCUAUUUAUGAAAACGUCACUUGAAGUCCCUCCCUGUUUGAAUCUCAUUAGUUUCUUGUGUGUUUCUCCCUGUCAAUAAUCCCGAAUCCAGAGUCUAUUUCCAUCCCUCUCUAUCUGUCAAUCAGCGCCGCCUUUGAACUGAAAACCACUCCGACCAACUUCAACUCACUCAAUCCGAGCGGCUCAGCUCCAUCUCCGGCUCCUUUUUCUGCCAAGAUUCCCCUCUUUUUAGUUUGUACAAACCGCCAGUCCUUGGAAAACGCUAAUACAGACCCUAAACUUUAACUCGGAUUCGGGAUCACAAAGAUCAAGGGUUUAAAAACUUUGUGUUUUUGCCCCCCAAAAUUGCUCGGGAAAAUGCCGCAGCUCAACGGCGGUGGAGGGGACGAUCUGGGAGCGAACGAUGAAAUGAUCUCCUUCAAAGACGAAGGGGAACAGGAGGAAAAAAUUUCGGAGAACUCCUCGGCAGAAAGGGAUUUAGCAGAUGUCAAAUCUUCUCUUGUAAAUGAAUCAGAAACGAAUCAAAACAGCUCGUCGGAUUCAGAGGCGGAAAGACGGCCUCCGCCUAGAUCCGAAACUUUCAGAGACAAAACCAGAGAAAGUUUAGAGGAGGCUGCGAAAAGGCAAGAUGGAGGUUUGUUCAAGAGCCCUCCGUACCCGGGUUAUCCAUUUAUAAUGAUCCCCGAUCUUACAAGCCCCUACCUUCCAAACGGAUCACUUUCUCCAACAGCACGCACAUACCUGCAGAUGAAAUGGCCCUUACUAGAUGUUCAAACAGGAAGCCUACAGAGCAGACAGGCCCUCAAAGACGCUCGCUCUCCAUCGCCGGCACACAUUGUUGGUCCCCUCUGUUUGGAAUUCCCUGGACAGACAGAUCUGAGCCUUCACCAAUUUCAGUUGUCGAAUAAAGUCCCUGUGGUACAGCACCCCCAUCAUGUGCACCCCCUCACCCCCCUGAUCACCUACAGCAAUGAGCAUUUUACUCCCGGGAACCCCCCACCCCACCUACAGACCGACGUGGACCCCAAAACAGGAAUUCCAAGACCUCCACACCCCCCUGAUAUAUCACCAUAUUACCCCUUGUCUCCGGGCACAGUAGGCCAAAUCCCCCAUCCGCUAGGAUGGUUAGUACCACAGCAAGGUCAGCCAGUGUAUCCAAUCACAACGGGCGGAUUUAGACACCCCUACCCCACUGCACUUACCGUCAACGCGUCCAUGUCAAGUUUUCUCGCCUCCAGGUUCCCCCCCCACAUGGUGCCCCCCCAUCACAGUUUGCACACCACGGGCAUCCCCCACCCAGCCAUCGUCACCCCCAACGUCAAGCAGGAGUCCUCCCACAGCGACAUCGGCUCCCUCAACAGCUCGAAACAUCAGGACUCGAAAAAGGAGGACGAGAAGAAGAAGCAGCCGCACAUAAAGAAGCCGCUGAACGCCUUCAUGCUCUACAUGAAGGAGAUGAGGGCCAAGGUGGUCGCCGAGUGUACGCUGAAGGAGAGCGCGGCCAUCAAUCAGAUUCUGGGGCGGCGGUGGCACGCACUAUCCAGGGAAGAACAGGCGAAAUACUACGAGCUGGCCAGAAAAGAGCGACAACUGCACAUGCAGCUGUACCCCGGCUGGUCGGCGCGAGACAACUAUGCGGGUAACCAACAGGGCAAGAAGAAGAAGCGGAAAAGGGACAAGCAGCCAGGAGAGGGCAGUGACCACAGAGAAUAUUUUCCAAAUCCUUGCCUUUCCCUCCCUCCGAUUACAGAUCUGAGCGCUCCUAAGAAAUGCAGAGCGCGCUUUGGCCUUGAUCAGCAGAAUAACUGGUGCGGUCCAUGCAGGUGUGUAUGAUGGUGCUCGCACACUGGCCGGGGCAGGUUGCAGCUGGUUUACAAAUUGGCGCCCCUCUCCCCUUUUCUGGCUAUUGCUCCCGCCCUCCGAAGCCUUCCCGUUUUUCUCUGCCUCUCCUUUUGGGUGAUUUCAAACAGGCCCGCGUGCGUGAAUGUGUGUGUCUGUGUGUGUGUGUAUGUGUGUGUUUGUUUCCCGUCCCUAGGCCAAAAUCCGAGCAGCAGGAUUAUAGAUCUCGUCCACAUACAGCCCUCCCUCCACACGAACCAUCUCUGGGUCAUGCAUCUGCAAAUUGUAACAUCUGAUAGUGGGUGUUUACAGAGAAAGUGGAUUUAUCUUCUCAUAAUGGCAUGUUUACAAAGAAUAGAUCAAAAGGCCUCACAGAGGAGACUUGCUGAGAAUAGGUUUUAAAGCCUGAAGAUACGGUCAUAUAAUAGAGAUGAUUACAGAUAGGUCAUAACAUCUCAUAGUAGAGAUGUUUGCAAAACACAGGUCACCAUGUCUCAUAGCAGAGAACAGGUUAUAACGCCUUAUAGCAGAAUGCUGUCAGGAACAUGUAAUAACAUCUGAAAGUCCAGACGUGCAGAGAGCUGCUUGUAAUGCCUCAGUGGUUUACGGAGCACGGGCUAGUAAGGUUCAUAGUACACUGUGUAGGUCAUAACAUCUCACGGCACACACAUUUGCAGAGAGCAACCCAUAACGCCUUCGUUAAGGCUCAAGCGUUGAGGGAGAGCUGUACGUGUAUGCGUUUUUGGGGGCGGGGUGGGUCAGUGCAUAUUGAUUGGUUGAUAGCGGAGGGUGGGGCGGAAAGCUCGGUAAGUCAGAGGGAGCUGCCAUUUGCACCAGCUGAAACCAAAGCUCCGCCUCCCUUGCAGUGUGUGCCCCAAUGACCAUGUCCACUUCUUGUGUGUGUUUUUUUUUUUUUUUUUUCCUCCCUGUUGUA